AUCUGAUUGGUCGAAGAGCCUGUGCGUAGCCCAUCGGUUACGUUUCUCUGUCAUCCUCGUACAUAAAUACACUUCUGCCGGGUUUGCCGCAACUUAAAAUCUACUACUUACUCAGUCCUAACAAAGUUACAUUACUGGCGUUACACUCACACAGGAUGCCUGGUUCUGCCUCUAACAACUGCUUGGGGCCGUGGCCCAAAGAUGUGGGUAUCAUUGCCAUGGAACUGUACUUCCCAUCGCAGUAUGUGGACCAAGCUGAACUGGAACAGUUUGAUGGUGUUACAACUGGCAAAUACACAGUGGGCUUGGGUCAAGCCUGCAUGGGCUUUUGUUCAGACUGUGAGGAUAUAAACUCCCUUUGCCUGACAGUGGUCCAAAGACUGAUGGAGAAGAACAGCCUGUCUUACAAUUCAAUUGGUCGUUUGGAAGUUGGCACUGAGAGCAUAAUCGAUAAGUCCAAGUCUGUGAAAACAGUCCUCAUGCAGCUGUUUGAGGACUCAGGCAAUACUGAUGUGGAGGGCAUUGACACCACAAAUGCCUGUUAUGGUGGGACAGCUGCACUUUUCAAUGCUGUAAACUGGGUUGAAUCCAGCUCAUGGGAUGGCCGCUAUGCGCUAGUUGUAGCCGGCGACAUUGCUGUUUAUGCCUCAGGAAGUGCCAGACCUACAGGCGGUGCCGGUGCUGUGGCGAUGCUCAUUGGCCCCAAUGCACCUUUGGCCUUUGAACGAGGUCUGCGAGGAACCCACAUGCAGCAUGCGUACGACUUCUACAAACCUAACCUCAUGUCAGAGUAUCCUGUGGUAGAUGGCAAGCUAUCUAUUGAGUGCUACCUGAGUGCUUUGGAUCGCUGCUACUCUGUGUACCGGAAUAAGAUCCAUGCUCAGUGGCAAAGAGAGGAUUCGGAGAAGCGCUUUUCUUUGGAGGACUUUGGGUUUCUUGUCUUCCACUCACCGUACUGCAAGCUGGUGCAGAAGUCAUUGGCCAGAUUGAUGCUGAACGACUUUCUGAACCACCCCUGCCCAAACACUGAGACGGGCCCCUUCAGUGGCCUUGAUGCUUUCAGAGACAUAAAGCCAGAAGACACCUACUUUGACCGGGAUGUUGAGAAGGCCUUCAUGAAGGCCAGUGCUGACUUGUUUGAGAGAAAGACCAAGCUGUCUUUGCUCAUAUCCAACCUGAACGGAAAUAUGUAUACCCCCUCAGUCUACGGCUGCUUGGCAUCAGUCAUCGCACAACACACAUCUUCACAAAUGGCAGGUCAGAGGAUUGGAGUCUUCUCCUAUGGAUCAGGAUUUGCUGCAACCCUCUAUUCUCUCAGGGUCUCGCAGGACCACACACCUGGUUCUGCUCUUGACAAACUUAUCUGUAGUAUGAGUGACCUCAAGGUCAGGUUGGAGUCAAGGAAGAAGGUUUCACCUGCUGUCUUCUCUGAAAACAUGAAGCUCAGAGAAGAGACCCACCACUUAGCCAGCUACAUCCCUCGUGGCUCUGUGGAGGAUCUGUUUCCAGGCACUUGGUAUUUGACACGAGUGGAUGAGAAACACCGUAGGGAAUAUGCCAGGAGACCUCUGGACAAUGACCUGCCUUCAGAGCCAGAACGUGUUCGCUGCAGCACUGCCACUGAGCACAUCCCGAGUCCAGCCAAGAAGAUGCCGCGCAUCCCUGUGGCCACAUCCAACUCUGACAAUGGCAUUAGCAACUGAGAGCUCUCAGCUCUUCGUCAAGGUAUCGAGGUCCAGUAAUUUGGAGACGGUGCAAAUACUAAGCGGUCAAAAGGCCAAUGGGUCAUUGGUCUUGCAGCACAGCUCGUGAACAGCGUUCACAGCUGCUGAACUGCCUGUGACUUGCCCAUCCUUACCUAGUCGACACACCUUUUCAAAGUGGACCAUGUAUUUCACAACAUCAAAGAUUGUUAGGAAAACUUAAUUUAAUACAUUACAUUUUUAGAUCUUUUUAUUUGGGCGCACAGACUGUUAUGACUAGCAUCACGUACCAGAGUAUUUUAAAAUGAGGUUUUUACACACAUGUGCAUGUGUGGCAUUCGUCAUAUUGGCUCAACAGCAGCCAACCCUAAUCACGCCUUUUUAUGCAUAUGUUUUCAAUUGUACCUACAUUAAUAUUUCCAUAUAUAUUUUUGCAAUUUCAGUUUAAUUAUAGCCUGCACUCAUUGGGUUAUAGAUAUAACAUGACAUUGCACUCUUACGGAAACACUAAUUUGAUAAUAGCUUAUUUGGUAGUGUCAUUUAGGAGAAUCAUCAUCUACCAUCUUUAAUUAAUUCAUCUUAUUUUUUAUUAUUAUAAUAUAUAAGAAGAUAAACGAUAAUCAUUGUAUUAUAUAAUUAUUAUAAAAAUAAUUAUUAGCUAUUACUUCACAAUGUGAACUGAAUCUUUAGUUAGUCUUCUGCCAUGCCACUCUACACAGCAAGUACCUGCUAAUUAUAAUUGAAACCAGAAAAAGACUAAAUUGUUUUGAGUCAAUGUCAUUUUGCAUUAGUUGUGUUUCAGUGUUUUUGUGCUUCACUUGUUGUCAUGUUUGUUGACAGGAAGCUCAACCUAAAUAAUUGCUUUUUGAACUUGCAGUGGCCAUCAUUUCAGUGUACGUCUUUUUCAUUAGUCAUUUGAAGUAUCUUUUUUCAUCUGUGUCGCUCUGGUUUUAUUCCUGUUAAAUCUUGAUUAAAAUAUCCAGCAUUGGCAUAAAUAUGACUCAGGUAUAAACCAUGGCAAACACAAGUCUUGAAAAUUAAUGGGGGUUUGGCGAAUUAGACGGUUGUUGAAAGUAAGAAGCCUUAUUUCAAUUAUGUAUCAAAUGUAAACACAAUUUGUCUCCUUACUGUAUGUACAAAAAUUCUCAGUUGUAAAGUCGGUUUGUGCCUCUCCACACACGCUAACAUCACAAAUGCAGUGUGGCUAUGUUUUGCGAGUGUGACUGUAAUGUAGUAAUGGAAUAUGAGGCUUGCCUAAGAGGUCACACGAUCUUAAAAUUUGACGGUAUUGUACAGUAAAAGCUGUAAAAAUUUUAUGCAUUGUAGAUAGGAGCGAGUGGAUGUUAUCUGAGAUUUAUUUUUAUUCAUAUUGUUCCUGUAAAUCUUAAGCAAAUAAAUUAAUACUGUAUUCACC